UGUUUGGUGUCCCAUGGUGUUCGAGUCGCUGUGUUCGUUGGCUAGUCAGGAGUUUGCGCGUUCCUCUUUGUUCGCGGCGGAAGGACGCGUCGCGUGACUGCCGGGCACGCUUUCGUUUCUAGCGGAGAGCUAGGAAUCUGCUUUCCGAUUGCCAAUAUAACCCUGGUUGAUCCUUGCCGAGUCUAAGAGCAAGACAACACGAUGAGCAAGAAGUACACGAGAAACGAAGUCGAGACAACCGGAAAGCGUGGCACGGAACAGACCCUGAUCAUCCUGCACGACAAGGUGUACAAUGUGGCGAGUUUCCUGAACGAGCAUCCUGGAGGCGAGGAGAUCCUGCUGGAUCACGCGGGCAAAGACAGCUCCGAGGACUUCGACGACGUCGGCCACUCGAAGGACGCCUUCGACCUGAUGAGCAAGUACCUGGUCGGCGAGCUGGUCGACUCGGAGAAGGCGAACAAGAAGCCGAAGGAAGGCUGGAAGACCACGUACAACAAAUCGACGUCCCUGAAGAAGGACGAAGCGAUCCAUCCACUAGUAAUAACCGGCAUAAUCGGCGCCAUCGCCGCCCUCUUGUAUUACUUGUACUUAUAAGUCGCGCCGAAGCAAACUGGACUCGUGUUCCUCAACUCUCUCACUUCCGCUGAAAACCUCGAAACGCAACCUCGCGACUGGGUCCGUGCGAACCUUCACGCGAGUUUCUUAGACCUACACGGUGUUUUCGAUGCCAUGGCGCUAUACGAUGCUAUAUUCGUCUCUUCCGGACGGAAGAGUUGUCAACGAUUCUCGGAGACCUGUAUGAAUAAAGUUCAAAUUGUA